AUGUUCGAGGAGAAGCUUCUGGUUGGCGUCGCCUCCGUGGCAUCCACGAUUGCCGUGCUGGCGUGCGUCGUUGUCAUUCCGGAGCUCUACUCCACGAUCAACGAGAUCCAUGAUGAGGUAACCUUUGUUUGAUUCCAUCGAAUCCACAAACUCAUCUUUACUUAGGUUCUUGAUGGAGUGAACGUGUUCCGCGUGGAAACCGAUGCCGCGUGGGUCGAGAUGCUCGAUGUGCAGGUCAUGGUUUCUCCGCCAUCCAAGCCCAAGGAGAACCCGUUCAACUCGGUCUUCCGUCAGAAGCGUCACACGUUCUCCGGUCUUCCGGCCUGGUGCCAAUGCGAGCCAACUAAGCCACGUUGCCCACCAGGACCACCAGGACCACCAGGACAUCCAGGACAGCGUGGAAUCCCGGGAGUUCCAGGACGUCGCGGUCAGGACAACUACAACAGAAUCGCUCCUCCAGCCUGCCCACAACGUGCUCCAGGAUGCGUCAAGUGCCCACCCGGAGCUCCGGGAGCCCCAGGACCAGUUGGACCAGCAGGAAGACCGGGACCAGACGGACGUCCAGGACAGUCGGGCACUUGCGGAUCUAUCGGACAGCCUGGACAACCAGGACAGCCAGGAAAUCCAGGACAGCCAGGAAGAGACGGAAACCCAGGACAAGCGGGACGACCAGGAAGGGACGGACGUCGUGGUCACGGAGCUCCAGGAGCGCCAGGAAGACCCGGACAACCAGGACGUCAAGGAGCGUCAGGACGCCUGGGACAGCCAGGUCAGCAGGGAGGACAGGGACCGAGUGGACCAGCUGGAAGACCAGGUCAGCCAGGAAACCGAGGAUCCGACGGACACCCGGGAGCUCCUGGAAACCCGGGACUGCAGGGAUCCGACGCCGCCUACUGCGCGUGCCCAAGAAGAUCGGUUAUGUUCCUCAACCGUCAGUAG